AUGGCGGAACAGAAUAAGACCUGGGUUGAUGUCCAGAAGAAGGCCUUCACCCGCUGGGCCAACCAGUUCCUCUCGGAGAGGCGCCUGAAGAUCGAGAACAUCGAGACCGAUCUGGCCACUGGUAUCAACCUGUGCAACCUGCUCGAGAUCAUCUCGUCCAAGUCGCUCGGCAAGUACAACCACAAGCCCACCAUGCGUUACCACUACCUCGAGAACAACGGCCGCGCCGUCAAGUUCAUCAAGGACGAGGGCCUCCAGCUCGUCGGUAUCGGUCCUGAGGAUAUCGUGGACGGCAAGCUCAAGCUUAUCCUGGGUCUCAUCUGGACGCUCAUUCUGCGUUACCAGAUCAACAUGAUCGGCGAGGGUUCGCCCAAGUGGGAGCUCCUCCAGUGGGUGAACAAGCAGAUCGCCCCCUACAACGUCGACAAGCCCGUCGUCAACUUCACCACCAACUGGUCCGACGGUAAGGUGCUCAGCGCUCUGGCUGACUCGCUCCAGCCGGGCGUGCUCACCCCGACCGACAUGUCGGCCCUGUCCGGCGACGCCCUGCAGGAUCUCGAGAAGGCCAUGCAGACCGCGCUCGACAACUACAACAUCGCCAGGCUCAUCGACCCCGAGGACAUGGUCAACUGCCCCGACGAGCUGUCGAUGAUGACCUACGUCUCGGCCUUCCGCAACUACCUCAGCGAGGAGGAGCAGAGGCGCCGCGAGGAGCUGGCCCGCAAGAAGAGGACCGCCGACCCCUCGAACUGCUACGCGUACGGCCCCGGCCUCGAGGGUGCCGACACCUACCAGCCGGCCCACUUCACCAUCGUGGCCAAGAACUACUUCGACGAGGAGCUGCCCACCGGCGGCGACCAGUUCGAGGUGACCAUCGCCGGCCCCGACAGCAACGUGCAGCCCACCGUCACCGACAACGGCGACGGCAAGUACCCGGCCCAGUACACCGUGGCCAAGCCCGGCGACUACACCAUCACCAUCAAGCUGCGCGAUGAGCCCAUCAAGGGUUCGCCCUACCACGUGCACGUCGACGGUCCCAACGCCGGCCACUCGGUCGCCUCCGGCCCCGGUGUCGAGGGCGCCCAGACCAAGAAGCCCGCCAACUUCCGCAUCACCUCGUUCAACGACAAGGGCCAGCAGGUCCAGUCCGGCGGCGACAAGUACCAGGUCCAGGUCCAGGGUCCCGAGGACGUGGCCGACCCCAGCCUCACCGACAACAACGACGGUACCUUCGACGGUGCCUACCAGGUGUCCACCCCCGGCCACUACUUCGUCAACAUCACGCUCGACGACGAGCCCAUCAAGGGCAGCCCCUACAAGGUGCUCAUCGAGGGCGCCCGCGCCGGCAACUCGUACGCCGAGGGUCCCGGCCUCGAGGGUGGCCAGGCCACCAAGCCCAGCGUGUUCACCAUCCACGCCUACGAUCCCGAGGGCCAGAAGUGCACCGACGGUGGCGACCCCUUCAAGGUCGACAUCCAGGGUCCCGCCGACGUGCAGCCCACCGUGACCGACAACGGCGACGGCACCUACACCGUUGAGUACACCCCGACCGAGGCCGGCGACUACACCGUCAACGUGACCCUCCACGACGAGCCCAUCAAGGAUGUGCCCCGUCAGGUCCACGUCAAGGCCACCCCCGACGCCUCCAAGACCUGGGCUGAGGGUCCCGCCCUCGAGGGCCUCGUUGAUAACGAGCCCGGCCUCUUCACCAUCCACGCCGUGGACAAGGACGGCAACCCGCGCGUUGACGGCGGCGACAAGUUCGACGUCGACAUCAAGGGCCCCAACGGCAACGUCCCCGCCGACGUCACCGACAACGGCGACGGCACCUAUGGUGUCAAGUUCGACCCCGAGAACCCCGGUGACUAUGACAUCAACGUCACCUUCGAGGGUGCCCCCAUCAAGGAUGCCCCCUUCCACGUCCACUGCAAGGAGGGUACCGACGCCGACGAGUCGGGCUUCGGCAUCUUCUCCUUCACCAUCCAGUCCCGCGACAAGCGUGGCGAGAACAAGACCUUCGGCGGCGACGCCUUCGACGUUGCCAUCAAGGGUCCCGACGAUUCGGACGUCGAGGUCCAGACCACCGACAACAGCGACGGUACCUACACCGCCGUCUACGCUCUUACCGGCGACAAGGGCGCCGUCUUCACCAUCACCGCCAAGCUCAACAACCGGAAGGUCGGUACCUACAAGCAGAACCUCGACUAA